AUGUCAGUUAUUCUGGCGUCCGCCGGAUACGACCAUACCAUUAGAUUCUGGGAAGCCCUGACAGGUGUAUGCUCUCGAACAAUCCAGCAUGUGGACUCUCAAGUAAACAGGCUUGAAAUAUCGUCUGACAAACGAUUUCUCGCAGCAGCUGGCCACCUGAAUGUACGGCUAUACGAUAUUCGUACUACCAAUCCGAACCCUGUCACUUCCUUUGAGGGACACAGGGGAAAUGUUACUUCGAUAGCAUUCCAACAAGAAAACAAAUGGAUGGUAUCGUCAAGCGAAGAUGGAACUAUAAAAGUCUGGGAUGUCCGUGCACCAUCGGUACAGCGCAAUUACAAGCACCAUUCAGCUGUCAAUGAGGUUUUAAUACAUCCCAAUCAAGGGGAACUGAUAUCGUGCGACCAGGACGGUAAUAUACGUAUAUGGGAUUUGGGGGAAAAUAAGUGUGUUCAUCAACUAACGCCAGAAGACGAUACGCCACUACAGUCUCUAUCGAUAGCAAGUGAUGGUUCGAUGCUUGUUGCGGGCAACAACAAGGGCAAUUGUUACGUAUGGCAAAUGCCCAAUCAGACUGACGCUGCUAACCCGGAGCCUGUGACCAAAUUUAGGUCUCAUUCAAAAUAUAUCACUAGAGUUUUGCUGUCUUCGGACGUCAAACAUUUGGCUACCUGCUCGGCCGACCACACUGCCCGAGUAUGGUCUAUUGACGAUAACUUUCAACUCGAGACCACGCUGGAUGGCCAUCAGCGCUGGGUAUGGGACUGUGCUUUUAGUGCUGAUUCAGCGUAUCUCGUCACGGCAUGCUCCGACCAUUAUGUGAGACUAUGGGAUCUCUCUACCAGGGAAAUUGUAAGACAAUAUGGCGGACACCAUAAGGGUGCCAUAUGUGUAGCACUCAAUGACGUCUGA